AUGAGUGAUCAACACAGUCGUAAGAUGCGCGAGGACCCCGGCUCCAACAGUCUCCAGCAAUCGCUCCCCUCUUUCUCGUCCUUGGCUCCUCCUGAACAUGAUCCAGAGCACGUCAAUUUCAUCCCUGCAAUCAUCGAAGGCAAGGACAUUGUCAACAGCGACCCCUACGACCCAGAGGAAUUUCGCAUCUGGAUCAAAGCCGGCAUCACCAAAUCUCGCCAGUCCUUCCAGGAGACUUCUGAAGCCGAUCGUACCGAUGCAAUGAAGAUCGAACGACGCAUUUUCGAGUGCCUCGACGCUGCGACCGAGAAGAACUUAGGACGUAUCUCGAACAAGGAAGCUGCUUUGAUACUACUGGGCGAGGUCGACUGGACAGAUCUCAUGGGAGGAGGUACACCGAGUCGUAGAAAUAAGGCUCAUGCCAAGACCAAGUCAGGUUGUAGUGAGGUCAAGGCGAUGAAUAGUGCUCGGCAUGUUGGAGACAAGGAGAGAAAGGAGAGAGAAGAAAGGGAGGCUAGAGAAGAGGCUAGGGAGGAUAUUAAAAUGAGAGAUGAGGCUUGGCGAAAUCGGCGAGACCAGGAUCUGGGUGCUGAGUUGGAUGAAGAUGGCUUGCCGUAA